ACUCUUGUGCGAUCUGGGUUGCCAGAUGGUUGACGAAGCGUGAGGCCAGAGGUAUAAGAGGCGGAUUGUGUCCGGAGAGGGUGCAACAGUUGUCAGGCUUCAGAUUCUGUGAUAAUUCUAAUUAACGGUCUAGACCAAGUGUUGGUGAAUUGUUGUCUCUAGCAUUCUGGAUCCAGCUAUUUUCCCGUGGUUGUAAUAAAAUAACAACUCUUUAAAUACUUCCAGAAAAAGACAUGUGGGACAGAAAAAGCAAGGACGUUGUUAUUUAACAUCGUAACAGGUUCCGUAAAGACGAAUUUUUGUUGCUAUUUUUCUUUGCGUCGAAAAGGAUACCUGUUCGUGAAUUGGCAGUAAAAGGAGUUGGUUGUCUGGCCCGGUGCACAGCUCACUAAUUCAUUCUCUUGAUAGCUGCAGGCAAUCCCAGCAUCUGAAAUCAGCCCGACUUACGAAGACCGUCUCUCUGACUUGAAAAGGCUAAAAUUGUAUUUGGUCCGUUUCCUGCUUCCCAGGCCUGUGACAGCUGGAGUGGACAACCGCUUAUUCCCCCGGCUAAAUUGUGCGUCACUGGAGAAGAGUUCCCUGGUGUGAAUAAUCUCCCGAUGCUGGGACAAAAAUCGAUCACUGCAAAUUCCUCAAGGACUGGGAGAAGAGUAUUUGUAUGACCCCAUACGUGUCUGAGAGUUCUGCGAGCCUGUUUCAAGAUUUUGCGUCGGAAACAGAACUACCCUUCAGCCGGACGUAUUGCGCACGGACAGAUGAUCUAAGCUACUUCACAACAAAAAGUCCAUUCCAAUCUCCUCAUCAAGACGUCGAGGGGCGCAAAUACGAAAGUUCUAUUAUUCCGAAGAGACUGUUUUAGCGUCCAAAGCGCUUUCAGCGAUCAGACAAACAGACGAGGUGAAUGAAGAAGAAGGAAGUCUGAUGCCUGUCUGCUGCGGAAAAAAACUUAUAACGUCAAAACUGUGAUCUACAUCAAGGCAACAUUGCUGCCACCAAUUCAAAUACGAACCUGGGAGAACUGGAGAUACUGAAGCCUUCAUCUCUCCCGAAAUUUGUGAAGUUCUAGGAAACUUUGUUUGCAGUUUAUUCAAGUUCCACUCCGUUAUACACGAUAAAGUUAUCAAAAUGACGGGAUAUGAGGACUUUGCCCGUGGCAGGUUAGAAAAUGUCACGAUCUUGUUUCCAGAUGGUGAAUGUACCAAGUUUAACCUCUGAGCUGUGUCUGUGACACAAAAAACUGAUUUAAAAAAAACCUCGAUAGCAUAAACAGACAAAACAAAACUUUUGUGGGGCUGUCAGUAUAAAGCUUUACAUGAGGCAGAGGAGCAAAGUGAAAUAAUAUACAAAAUGAACAUCUUAAAAUUUAAACAUGUUUCCUGUCAUUAGAACUACAUUUCUAGAACUGUCCAACCCUUCCUAAUUAACGACAGAAACCAACAAAAAUAAUUUUAAAAAACAAACAAACGAACAAACAAGCAAACAAAAGCUUUUCAUUCCCCAUAUCCCAUUUCAAAAAUAUAUACAAGUAAACAAGCAAACAAACAAAAUCAAACAAACAAACAAACGACAAAUCAACUGAACUAAAAAAAGGAAAACAAUACUAUAAAAAAAAAACUAGUCUCAUCCACCGUCCCUCCACUGGCGAACCAAGCAGCGCAGUUAUGUCACCGACAUCUCACACGGGUCUUCCCUCUGGGGUGGCGGAAGGACAGGUCCCAACAACGGCAACAGCGACAGCAGCAACAACAGCAGAGGCUGCGUGGGAGCACGCGACAUCGGCCUCUUCCACGCUCUUCCCGCCACGCCACAUCGACUGGCUCCCACACACAAGCGGCGCGUAUGGCGGUGACUCGCAUGCCCAGGCGUUGCGCUCCGCGGGGAACCUCAGUCAGGUUGGGGUAGCACUCACGCACGGCGACUCGGCCCUCAUAGACCAGGUCUUCACCCCAGAGUCACCACCUGAUUUCUCUGAUAUUUACGACCUUUACGAUUUCGACAAUGUCCAUUACUUCAAUAGUUCCUACGCAGACUACCCGCCCUUCUACGAGCAAUUGAUUGAUCACAGCGCCUUCAAGAUGCGAGACGAGCUGUUUCGAUACGCUAGUCCCGUAGUUAUUGUGCUUGGGAACAUUAGCAACUUGAUGGCGUUAUUUGUUCUCCAAAGGAAGAAACUUCGGAGAAGUUCAGUAUGUUUUUACUUGAGCGCGUACGCUGUGGCAAACCUCUGCGUGUUGGAUUUCUUACUCGCUGUCGCGUGGGUUUGCUUUGUGUUUCAAAAACCUUAUGUUACGUUUCUCGCUGAUUGGACAUGCCGAUUGUGGAUGUUUCUAACAAACGUCAUGACUUUCAGUGGGAUAUGGUUUGUUGUCGUGAUGAAUAUUGAUCGUUUGAUUUAUCUCACUUCAAAGACGAAAGCUAAGAGCUACUGCACUGCCUUUGCAGCCAAGACUAUCGUCAUAUUUGUCGUCAUAGGUCUCGUGGUGGUCAGCAUUCAUGCAAUGUGGACAUACGCUCUGCAACCACAGGGAUGUUUCGUAUCUUAUCAACAGCAGGACCUUCACACAAUCAUAUGGCCGUGGUGGUCCGCGGCAGUGUAUUCUUACAUUCCUUUAUCUUUACUUUUAAUCCUAAACAUAGCGCAGGCGAUAGCUAUUUGCCUUCGCUGGUGUCAGUGUGUCCCGUUCGUAGAGUGUUUUCCCUGCAAGAUGUGCACACCCAUCAACUCCUGUACACAAUACACACCGUGCGCGCGCUGUGUUCGCAGUCAACCAAACUCUCCAGACUCCUCGGGGACCACUCCAGACGAUUUUGUCGUCACAGUCAUGGUGGUCUCCCUUUCUUUCUUCUUGCUUACCAUCCCAGCUACUGUGAUCAACAUACUCGACAUCCAUCUGCCUUCCUCCGCACUCACCGUUGAUCUAAUAGCGCGUAUUGAACUCACGAAGAAAAUCACCGAGCUGCUCUCCACGCUGAACCGAACAGUUUUGGGCUAUCUCUUAUUGGCGUGCUCCAAAGAUUUUCGCCACGAGUUCGUCGCUUUUUUACGUCUGAUCUGCUGUUGCCUCAGGUCAAGGAGGAUAUUCAAAGUUUUUGAAAUGCGGAAUAUGUCCAAUUCUGAAGACAGUUCGCCCCACAUACAGGUGGAUUACGAACUGUGCAAUAACAAUGACGAGACUGUAACUGAUGUGUAAAGGCAAUGUUUGUUUUCCUUCUUGUUUAUUUUUAUUGUGCUGGACCCACUUCUUUUUAUUAUCAUUAUUAUAAUACUAACUUAUCAUUGAACCUAA